CUGUUCGUUUCCAACGUGGACGAAUCGUCGCGGUUCAAUGUGAUUUAAUUUGUGAGUGAUGCAAGCAUCCCGGGAUUCAGUUAAAUCAUCAUAUUGUUCGAAUUCAUUCCGGUGUGAAAAAGGCGUGUGUCGAACCAGCUUUCCCAAUGGAAGAAACACCUCACUACAUAGCUACACUCGAUAUAGGAACUACCACAAUUCGAUGCUUCAUAUAUGCCGCAAGGACAAGUGGAGAUCCGGUACCCAUUGGGACGGCCUAUGAUCAUGUAGAAUUGCUCUAUCCAGCACCAGGAAGAGUUGAAAUAAACCCGGAAAAACUAUGGACAAGUGUGUUGCAAACGAUCGCAAAUGCUACCACUGAUGCUAAAUUGAAUUUUGAUCAACUAUCCUGCUUGGCUAUAUCGACGCAAAGGAAUAGCUUCACCUGCUGGAAUCGAAAGUCCGGGCUCGUUUAUCACAACUUUAUCACCUGGAAGGAUUUACGUGCCGACCAACUUGUAAACGAAUGGAACAAUAGCCUCACUUUACGAUUGCUGAAAUUCGGUGCCGGUUUCCUCUACUUUUUCACCAGAAGCAAUCGUUUUCUAGCCGGAAGAGUUAUCAAGCUAAUGAAUCCACAGGUUACAUUGCGUUUGUCCUGGAUCAUUCAUAACAAUACGGUGCUGCAGGAUGAUAUUAAAACCGGAGACGUUCUGUAUGGUACCAUCGAUUCGUGGUUGCUUUACCGCUUGCGCCAAGGCACCGAUCGCAGCCGCGAGGUGAAUCACAUCAGUGAUGUAACGAAUUGCACCUCUACAGGGUUUUACGAUCCCUUUGCACAACAGUGGGCUGGGUGGGCAUUGAAUUUAUUUUCAAUUAAGAAAGAGCUGCUACCAACGGUUGUCGACAAUUCCUACGACUUUGGUUACGUACACGAAUCACUUUUGGGGGCCAAAAUCAAAAUUGCAGCUUCGAUAUCGGAUCAAUCGGCAUCGUUGUGGGGUAAUUGUUGCUUUAAUCGUGGUGACGUCAAGAUUACGAUGGGUACAGGUUCGUUCCUCAACGUAAACACUGGCUCCAAGUGCCUUGCCUCGGUGCACGGGUUAUAUCCUUUGAUCGGUUACAAACUGCGAGAUGCGUCGAGCAUGGAUAUCACAUAUCUCAUGGAAGGCUCAUCGAACGAUUCGGGUUCAAUAAUCGAGUGGGCCAUGAAUGUAGGACUGUUCGAUGAUCCGGCGGAAAGUGCUGGCAUGGCAAUGUCUGUUCCUGACUCGGAUGGUGUUCUCUUUGUACCCGCAUUCAGUGGACUAGGACCCCCCAUUCGUGAUGAUAGUGCUGGAAGUGGAUUCAUUGGCAUCAAACCUUCCACUCGUAAAGAACAUAUGGUGCGAGCCGUACUGGAAAGUCUUGCCUUUCGUGUAUCACUGCUGUACGACUGUGCCCUGAAGGAAACGGGAUUCUCUUUUAACAGCAUCAAAGUGGACGGGGGUGUAUCGAAAAACGAUUUCAUCUGCCAAACGUUAUCUAACCUCACCAACGUAAAGGUGGAACGAGGAGAAGUGGUGGACUCAACGGCAAUGGGUGCAAUGUUCAUGGCUGGUUUGAAUAUCGGUAUAUGGCGCUCCAAGAGCCAGCUGGUGAGCCUACGACGAGUGGAAAAGACGUUCACUCCCGAUCCAGAGCAUAGGAACAUUCAACUGAGACAAAUUCGCGCCUGGCAAAAGGCUGUUGACAGAUUUAAAAAGUGGUAUAUGUUGGAAGACAUAAAAAAUCUAGACUGAGUAUGUGAUAUUUUAUAUGCAAUGGUGAAAAGUACAAUAAAAAUAAUGUUUCAACAUUUUCCAAGUUGAAAUUCUAUGCAA